AUGCAGAGCAGCGUCCAAGCCUACCCCUCAAAAAAGGCUGGUUGUAGUGCCCAUGCCCCUGUCAUAGUACCCUCUUUGCUUGGCUUUGUCCCACGCAAGAUCCUUGGUAGCAAGUUGGAUGUUGGAGGAAUGCCUCCAGUAUCAAGUGACCCAUUGCCCCACGGCCUAUGCUCCUCACCUAGCCUGCAGCGAAGGGAGUGCUCCUGGCGGGCGCUAUAUCCCAUGUCACAAAAGCACCUUUCUACACAACAGGGAUCCCAGUCAACCAUGAGGAUAAUCUCUUGUCAGUUGACCCUUGUGGCUGUAGCUGUGGUUACACUCACUGUGGUGUCCUGCGUUGAUGCCAAGACUACACCCAAACCAAAGUACCAGUACACCAAGAAGCCGGUCCCGCAGGUCACCGUGCACAGCCCUGUGACCACCAGCAUGCCUAAGACUUUCAAGACGGUCCCCAGCCCAAAACCUGUGGAGCCCCAACCCCCACCUGCCACAGAGAAGACUGCCUAUCAGAAUCAUGCUUUUUCACUCUAUUACCCAGAGGGGAGUGAGACCCCUGGUGUUGGCCCAGAUAACUACACCCUGGAUUAUAACGAGUGCUACUUUAACUUCUGUGAGUGCUGUCCACCUGAACGAGGCCCCAGAGGGCCAAAAGGGGACAGAGGCCUGCCAGGACCACCAGGUGAGCAAGGGGUCCCGGGACCAGCUGGUUUACCAGGACCACAGGGAGUGAGUGGCCCUCCAGGGUUCAAAGGAGAAAAAGGUGAAAGGGGUGACAGAGGAAGUAGUGGGACAGGAGGGCCGCCAGGGAUACCAGGGAAACCAGGACAAAAAGGUGAUGUUGGCCCCAAAGGUGAGAAAGGAGAAAUAGGGUUGCAAGGACUCAAAGGUAGUAGUGGGGACAAAGGGGAACCUGGCCUGAAUGGGACUACUGGGGAGAAAGGAGAACCAGGUAAAGAGGGCCCAGCAGGAUCUCCAGGACUGGCUGUUGAGCCAGGUCCUAAGGGAGACAAGGGGGAUAAAGGGGAUUGCGGCUCAUUUGGGGAGAAAGGACCGAAAGGUGACCGAGGGGAUACAGGACCUCCAGGCAUCCCAGGGGCAAUGGGUAUCCCAGGAAUAAAUGGCAAGCAUGGUGCCCCAGGUCCUGUAGGGGUCCGAGGGGAUCCUGGACUUCCCGGUCCACAAGGAGAAGCAGGGGUUAGAGGACCUCAAGGACCAAUGGGAGUGAGAGGGAUGCCUGGGCCAAAGGGGGACAGAGGUUACCCUGGGAUGCGAGGUGAUCGAGGAAUCCGUGGAAUCAAAGGAGCAAAGGGAUCAUGGACCCCUCAGAAACGCUCUGCAUUCAGUGUAGGUAUUUCCCCAAGAAAGUCUUUCCCACCCUCUGGCUUCCCGAUUCGCUUUGACAAAGUCUUCUACAAUGAAGAGAACCAUUUCAACAUCACUUCCAACAGCUUUACAUGCGUCCAUGCGGGGGUGUAUGUCUUCUCCUUUCACAUUACUGUACGAAAUCAGCCACUUCGGGCAACGCUGGUUGUAAACGGAUCUCGGCGGGUAAGGACACGAGACUCUCUGUACGGCCAAGAUAUUGACCAGGCCUCCACUCUGGUGGUUCUGCGACUGGGGGUGGGUGACCAGGUGUGGAUGGAGACAUUCAGAGACUGGAAUGGGGUAUACGCCAGCAGUGAGGAUGACAGCAUCUUCUCUGGUUUCCUGCUUUAUUCAGACAAACCCUGA